ACGCACACGUGAUUCGCGCUAACUGGAGAGCAAGAUGGCGGUGGCUGUGCGGAGCUUGCAGGACCAGCUCGAAAAAGCCAAAGAAAACUUGAAAAAUGUGGAGGAUAAUAUUCGUAAACUGACCGGGCGGGACCCUAAUGAAUCACGACCGGGUCAGCUGCGUCGGCUCAGUGGCCCCAUGGUAGGCCUGGGAGGAGGUAGAGGCAGAGGAAUCAAUCUCCUCAGACGCAGUCUCUCAGAUAUGGGAAGCAGCGGGCCCCCUGCCAAGCAAAGGGACAUCGAAGGAGCUCUGCUGAGGCUGGCAGGUGAUCAGAGGGCCAGGAGAGACGUGCGUCAUGACAGUGACGCCGAGGACGAUGACGAUGUCAAAAAACCGGCGUUGCAGUCAUCUGUAGUAGCUACCUCCAAGGAGAGAACACGCCGAGACCUCAUUCAGGAUCAAACCAUGGAUGAAAAGGGGAAACAGAGGAAUCGGCGCAUGUUUGGCCUGCUGAUGGGGACACUGCAGAAAUUCAAGCAAGAAUCGAACGUCUCAUCUGAGAAGCUAAAGCGACGUUCAGAGAUAGAGCAGAAGCUCGAGGUUCAAGCUGAGGCUGAGAGGAAAAAAGUAGAGAAUGAAAAGCGAGAACUGUUCGAGGAGAGAAGAGCCAAGCAGACAGAGCUGAGACUGCUGGAACAGAAAGUAGAAUUGGCUCAGCUGCAAGAGGAGUGGAACAGCCACAAUAAUCACCUGGUGAAAUACAUUCGCACCAAAACCAAGCCUCAUAUCUUCUACCGGCCUGGAAAAAUGUGCUCCGCAACUCAGAAACUCCUCGAAGAAUCCACCAAGAAACUCAAUGCUGUGUUUGAGGAAAGGCGUGAGGCAUUUGCCGAACAUUUGAGCAAGAUGGAGUCGCGUCCCCGGCGCCAGCCGAACCGCGACCAGGAUGGCAGCUCAGCCUCAAGGAUGGACCGCCCGGCGGAGGGUAAGCCAGCAGGUCAGGUAGAGAAGCAGAGAGGUAAAAGGGGGGAAUCCAGGAGGGAGGAAGACGAGGAUGAGGAUGAGGACGAGGAGGAGGAAAGGGAGAAGGAGAUAGGAGGGGGUGAUGCUGAGGAGGGGGAGAAAGAGGAGUUGGUUAAAAUAGAAGAGGUGGAGGAGGAAGUGAUGGAGGUGAGAGAGGAGGGAAGCAAGGAGGAGGCAGGAGAGGAGCAGAAGGAGAAGAGUGAGAAGGCAGCAAGUCCAGAGUCAGAGGAGAUGGAGGUAGAGAAGGAAGACAAGGGUAAGGAGGUAGAGGUAGAAACAGACAGGAAGCAGGAGUCCACAGAAAUCCAAGAAGAAAAGACUCCAGAUGUUCAGAGCUGUGAAGCAGCUGUAAGCAGCCUAGAGGUCCCAGACUCCAGCGACGAGCCCCCACAGAGCCUCGCUGCGGGAGAACCAGCAGCACAGUCACCCGUGACGGAGACCGCCUCUCCAAGUCAAGAACCCCAAACGGCCUCUGCUGCCCUCGCUCAGGAUCCAACCAGUCCCACACAGGACAACAUGGCUACAGAGUCCAGCGUCCAGGACUCCACAACGGAAAACCAGACAGAGGAGAGAAAAUCAAAGGAGGACGAAGAGGAGGGCCCACAAAAGCUGCCUGAUUCUAAGGAGGUUGAUGCCCCUGCAAAGGAGGAAGGGGAGGAACAAGGCAGAGGGAGAAAGAAGGAGAAAGACGCAAAGAAACAUCGCAGUCGUAGCAACAGCUCCUCCUCUUCCUCGUCUGGAUCCUCCUCCAGCGGUAGCUCUUCCUCAUCCUCCGGAUCCAGCCGAUCCUCGUCAUCGUCUUCGUCCUCAUCGUCCUCGACGUCCAGCAGCCGCAGCCGAGACGGCGGCAAGCGAAAGAGGAGGCCGUCCGAUAGAGGCAGAGACAAGAAGAAGGAGGAAAGAAGUCGACAGAAGUCAGGAGGGAGAGACUCGGCGGAGAGGAGGAAGAGAAGGAGCGAGGAGAAGAAGGGCAGGCCGUCCCGGAGCGAUAGGGAGCAUAAAAAUAGAGGAGACAGGAAGGACAAGAGACGCUGAUGUGAUCUUCUGUAUAACCAGAAUGGUGAAUAAAUCUUCAGCUGUUUUCUUUGACAUGGUGGCGGUUUUUAAACACAUUUGUCCUUUUUAAAUCACCAGUUUCUUUUCUUGACAAAAAUGUUUUAAAAUAGAUGGAUUUCUUACAGUCCAGAUUGUCAGUAGCCAGUUUAAAAUUUGUGGAAAACUGCUUAUUUCUGUUCUUUGUUUUCCUCUGGUUGAGUGCUGUUCUCACUGCAAGUGUGGGAACGAUUCAAAGAGAAAAUGUUCCUUCUGCGUCCUUUUAAAUCAAAUGUGAUUUAUCCUACUACGUUGAUUCUUAAACCUUUUUGUUUUUCUACUACAAGAUCUGCUUAGAAUAAAGCUGAGAUAAAAGCAGGAA